AUGGAUCAUGUCGUGGGAGGAAAAUAUAAGCUUGGAAGGAAAAUUGGUUGUGGCUCGUUUGGCGAGCUUUUUCUAGGUGUGAACAUCCAAAAUGGAGAAGAGGUUGCCAUUAAGCUGGAAUCUGUGAAGACUAAGCAUCCCCAACUUCACUAUGAGUCAAAAAUUUAUAUGCUUCUCCAAGGAGGGACGGGUGUUCCAAACUUGAAGUGGUAUGGAGUUGAGGGUGAAUAUAAUGUCAUGGUGAUAGACCUCCUAGGUCCUAGUCUGGAAGAUCUCUUCAACUAUUGUAACAGGAAGUUCAGCUUGAAAACAGUGUUAAUGCUUGCAGACCAACUAAUUAACAGAGUUGAAUACAUGCACUCAAGAGGAUUUCUUCAUCGUGAUAUAAAGCCUGAUAACUUUUUGAUGGGCUUGGGGCGCAAAGCAAAUCAGGUUUACAUAAUUGACUUUGGUCUUGCCAAAAAGUAUAGAGAUCUUCAGACUCAUAAGCACAUACCAUAUAGGGAAAACAAGAAUUUAACUGGCACUGCUCGCUAUGCCAGUGUCAAUACACACCUUGGAGUUGAACAAAGCCGAAGGGAUGAUCUGGAGUCUCUUGGUUAUGUCCUAAUGUAUUUUCUGAGAGGAAGCCUUCCCUGGCAGGGACUUAAAGCUGGCACCAAAAAGCAGAAAUAUGACAAGAUCAGUGAGAAGAAAAUGUUGACUCCUAUAGAGGUGCUGUGCAAAUCAUAUCCGUCAGAGUUCAUAUCUUACUUUCACUAUUGCCGUUCAUUAAGAUUUGAGGACAAACCAGAUUAUUCCUACUUAAAGAGGCUUUUCCGCGACUUAUUUAUUCGUGAAGGUUACCAAUUUGACUAUGUCUUUGAUUGGACAAUGUUGAAGUAUCCUCAGAUAGGUUCAAGUUCCAGACAGAGGAAUCCCACUGGUAAUGCUGUUCCGGGUACUUCUGGUAAUGCUGCUGCUGGACCUUCUGGUGAGAGAUACGGAAGAACAUCAGACAUUCGGGAUAGAUUCUCAGGUGCAGUUGAAGCUUUCUCUAGAAGGAACACUACAACAAGUUCUGGUCGGCAUGGUGAACAUUCUAGACACAGGACAUCUGAAGAUAUGCCUUCUUCCAAGGAUGUGCAACUUGACUCGGAAAGAGGCCGAACUUCUCGAAAUGGAAGUUCUUCAAAGAGGGCUGCCAUUUCAAGCUCGUCCGGUGACCCAGAUGGCCGCACGAGCAGCAGAGUUGUUUCUAGCAUCGGUCGUGUGUCCACCGCACGACGAAGCCAACCGAGCAUGGAUCACAAGCCAUCCUCUUUCUCUCGUGCCCCGGUUACUAAGGGAUCCUCCCGGGAUGAUCCUCUUCGGAGCUUUGAGUUCCUCUCUAUCCGGAAAUAA